AUGGGCGAGGCGGACCCCGGCGAGCUGCGGGCGGCGGGCAGCGACCCGGCGAUGUCGGGCACCGACCCGGGCGAGCCGCAGAAGCCUCCCUACACCUACGUGGCGCUGAUCACCAUGGCCAUCCGCGCCAGCCCCGAGCAGCGGCUCCCGCUGAGCGGCAUCUACGCCUUCAUCGCCGAGCGCUUCCCCUACUACCGCGGCUGCUCGCCGGGCUGGCAGAACAGCGUCCGCCACAACCUCAGCCUCAACUCCUGCUUCCGACGCCUGCCCCGCCGCGGCAGCCGCGGCGGCGACUGGGUGCUGGAUCCCGCUUUCCACGACAUGUUCCCGGAGGGCGAUUACCGCCGGCGCCGCCGCCGCUUCCCGCUGGCGCUGCCCCGCGGGUGCCUCUGCCCGGAGCUGCCCGGCUGGGCCCCCGCCGGGCUCCUGGGGCCGCCGCAGGGCUUCCCCGCCUGGCCGCUGGAUGCGGGGAUGCCCCGCGAGCUGGGCGCCAGGAUGCCGCCCUCCUUCAAGUGA